GACACGCUUCUGCUACGACUUGUUUCCCUUGCCGUGGUCUGUGCCGUACCGCUAACUUGCUGUUAUAUAUUCUUCGGUAAUUACGGCUUUGCGAAGCUGAAGGAAAAGUAAGGGUACAACCAGGUGCAUUGGUGGGUCUCCCCAUCACUCACUAACUCCCUUGUUACUAGGUUUCAUUGAUUGUGACUGCUUGUUCCAAGGAUAAUCCCAUAUAAAAGAUUCAGGAGGCAACAUGGCUGGCCUAGAUAUGUCAUCAAUGAGUGAAGAAAUUCAAGCAGAAGUUCAAGUGAAGCAAUUCAGAGAUUUUUUAGUUCAAUAUAAUAAAUUGAGUGAAAAUUGCUUUAAUGAUUGCGUAUGGGACUUCACAUCUAGGAGUAUUAGAAAUAAUGAGGAAGACUGUGUACGAAAUUGUGUUGAAAAAUAUACAAAGGUAACACAACGAAUAUCAGAGAGGUUCCAAGAGAUCCAGUUAAUUUCCAAUGAAAAUGCAUUAGCAGCAUCGCAAAAACUGGGGAAGAUGCCUGCAAUUUAAAUUAAUUAUUUUUAAGUACACAAUUGUUUUGUAUAUGCUUAGGAUUUUGUAGUGGUAUCUCUUGUUUAAUUUAAUUUUUUUUAAUAUAUCUCGUCACACAGAAUAUAUACAGUUUGUUUGUGCUUAAAAACAAAAGUUGAAAUUUUCAGAAUUUAGCAUGUUUACCAAAACUUUAAGAAAAUUUUCAUCAAAAUUAAAUGUAAUUAGAUGAUAUCUAUAAAGACUUCCAUCAUAGAUAACUUGAAAUAUGAAAAGUGCAGACCCUUUGCAUGUUAAAUAGUAAUUCCAUUACAAUAGUUUUUGUAUUUAAGGGAAAGUACUUUGUGAUAAAUGUUAUAAUAUUAAUGAGGACAAAAAUAUUCUUAAAAUGAUUGAUUGAAAAAGUUUGGAGAAUUGUAAUUUGUGUUGUUAGUGUCUUUACUUUCAUGUGUAAAUAAUGUACAUGAUUUCUAGUUCUUGUUUUGUAAGAAUAAAGAUUUUAGGUAAUAUCUGA